UUAGAGCAGUCAACAGCUGUUGGCAUAUGUACCCAGAACAGACAGGCUGGACUGGGCUGUCCAGAGCCUGAGCAAGGCCAGUUCUCAGGGCAAUGCUGGGGACUCCAGGUCUGCUGGUCCAGGCCUGUCUCUCUGAGACAGUAGAGGGCACAUGACCAACUUCUAGGGGCAGUGAGCAGGCUAGGGACCCGACCACGACGAGGAGGGCAAAGCCAGGGCUCCCAUUCCUCCAGCUAUGCUGAAACAGACUGAGAGGAGACGGUCCUGGGGCCAGAGGUCCUGGAAUACUACAGAGGGUGAAGACGUGGCCCAGGAGGCGGGGAGUCAAUCCCACCGCAGGAGCAUCUGCUCUGUGGGGGGCCGCUCGGGUUCCCAGGCCAGCAUCCCACCGUGGAUCGAGGGCAACUAUAACUACUACAUCGAGGAGGAUGAGGAUGGGGAAGAGGAGGAGGAGCUGUGGAAGGAUGAGCCGGCCGAGGAGCAGGACCGACAGCCAGGGGAGGCCGCCGCCACCACCGAGCGAGCGGAAGGCGACGGCGCCGACACUCCACUCGUGUCCACCACGCUGAACGUGAACGUGGGCGGCCACAGCUACCACCUGGACUACACGGAGCUGGCCUGCUACCCCAAGACGCGCCUGGGCCGCCUGGCCACGUCCACCAGCCGCAGCCGCCAGCUGGGCUUGUGCGACGAUUACGAGGUGCAAACGGACGAAUACUUCUUCGACCGCGACCCUGAGGUAUUCCAGCUCAUCUACAACUUCUACUCGUCCGGGGUACUGCUGGUGCGUGACGAGCUGUGCCCGCGCAGCUUCCUGGAGGAGCUGGGCUACUGGGGCGUGCGUCUCAAGUACACACCGCGCUGCUGCCGCAUCUGCUUCGAGGAGCGGCGCGACGACCUGAGCGAGCAACUUAAGAUCCAGCGCGAGCUGCGCGCCCAGGCGCAGGCAGAGGAGGCAGAGGAGCUCUUCCAGGACAUGCGCUUCUAUGGGGCGCAGCGCCGCCGCCUCUGGAACCUCAUGGAGAAGCCCUUCUCAUCCGUGGCCGCCAAGGCCAUUGGGGUGGCCUCCAGCCUCUUCGUGCUCAUCUCCGUCGUGGCGCUGGCACUCAACACGGUGGAAGAGAUGCAGCAGCAGCCGGAGCGCGGCGAGGGCGGCGGCAACCCGCGGCCCUUUCUGGAGCACGUGGAGACACUGUGCAUGGCCUUCUUCACGCUUGAGUUCCUGCUGCGCCUGGCCUCCACGCCCGACCUGCGGCGCUUUGCGCGCAGCGCCCUCAACCUGGUGGACCUGGUUGCCAUCCUGCCGCUCUACCUGCAGCUGCUGCUCGAGUGCUUUACCAGCGAGGACCAGCUGCACGUCAAGGGCUCGCCGAGGGAGCACGACCUUGAGACGAUGGGCCGCGUGGGCAAGGUGGGCCAGGUACUGCGCGUCAUGCGUCUCCUUCGCAUCUUCCGCAUCCUCAAGCUGGCGCGCCACUCCACAGGUCUGCGCGCCUUUGGCUUCACGCUGCGCCAGUGCUACCAGCAGGUGGGCUGCCUGAUGCUCUUCAUCACCAUGGGCAUCCUCACCUUCGCCGCCGCCGUCUACUCCGUGGAGCACGACGUGCAGGGCACUAACUUCACCAGCAUCCCGCACGCCUGGUGGUGGGCCGCGGUGAGCAUCUCCACUGUGGGCUAUGGAGACAUGUACCCAGAGACCCACCUGGGCAGGCUUUUUGCCUUCCUCUGCAUUGCUUUUGGAAUCAUCCUCAAUGGAAUGCCCAUAUCCAUCCUCUACAACAAAUUCUCUGAUUACUACAGCAAGCUCAAGGCUUACGAGUACACAGCCAUACGGAGGGAGAGGGGGAAUGUGGAGUUCUUGCAAAGAGCCAGGAAGAAGAUAGCAGAGUGCUUGGCUGGAAGCAACUCACAGGCCACCCCAAGGCUAAAUAAUUAAUAUCUCUUAGUACGUGUGGCUGGUUGAAGCCAUGAACGU